CGGAGCUGCGGCACCGCCUACCCCCGGGCACUCGUUAGCCGCCUGCUCACCUAACCCUGCACCGCGACACCUCUGCUCCCGCUUCGACCUUCCCUCGUUCCCCGGGCCGCUUUCCGCCUCCUGCCUGGCGAGGCUCGCUGUAGGAACGGCGCCUUUCCGUUGGCCUCAGGCAGUGUAACCCCUAAGCAUGGCUUCCCGGUUUGUUUUUAUCCUUGAGGUGAAGCAAUGCUGCGAUUUAGGAAGGGCUCUCCACGGCGGAGAGCUGUAGGUGCAGCAGCCAUCGCUUGUUCCCGAGGACAAGUAGUACAUGUCCCGGCUUCAGUGGUGGCCGCCGGUCCUCUGCUUGCCUGCUCCGGGACCUGACUGUCAGCAUCGGCGCUUAUAGAAACGUCACAUUGACCUGUACCAAAAGUUUUAGUAAAGCAGCGGAGCUUUACCGAACUUUUAAACCGAGAUGUCUGGCCCGCACCAUCAUCCACCUGGGACCGUAGGUGGAGCGAGCUGUGUUCCUGUCUUCGAGUGCGAGGAUUGUGUUACGCCAGCCUGCCUACAAUAUGAAAAGUGGGCCAACCUGCAGAUUGAAGAGGGAGUAAAAAAGCAGAAGGCGCUGGCACUUGAAAAUUUAAUCUCCACUGACUCAUUUCCUCAUGCAGGGAUCAUCCAGAAAGGGGAAACCUCCAUGGAAGAGGAUCUUGUUGGCCAGUGCCGAGGAUGCUUCAACCUUGCAGAUGUUAUGUACUUCUUCAAGAAGGGCUGUGAGGCAGUUGCAGAAGACGAAGUCACCCAUCGGUUCUCCUCUGAGAAGCUAGUGUCCUGGAAUCUCCUCAGCAGAACCAACGCCAACUUUCACCGUGUCAGCUGGCAACUGAGCCUUGUGUGGGUCAUUGGAAUCCUAAUUCGAUAUUGUCUCCUGGUACCUUUUCGUGUCUGCUUGGCUGUUUUCAUCUUCUUUUUUCUGGUCUUUGCCAAUACAAUAGUAGGACAGUUUCCAAAUGGCAGAAUUAAAUGCUGGCUGAGUAACCAGGUUCAGAUGAUGUGUGCCACAUUAAGUGUCCGCUGUGUGAGUGGUCCUGUUUAUUUCCACAACAGGGAAAACAGACCACAGAAAGGAGGCAUCUGUGUAGCCAACCACACGUCUCCCUUAGAUGUUCUAAUCCUGGCCACUGAUGGAUGCUAUUCUUUGGUUGGCCAGGUACAUGGAGGGCUUCUGGGACUUAUUCAAAAAUCUUGCAUGCAAACCUCUCAGCAUGUUUUGUUUGAACGCUCAGAAAUGAAAGACCGUCAUCUGGUGAGGAAAAAAAUUCGAGAACACAUUGCAGAUAAGGCCAAAUUACCUAUUUUAAUUUUCCCAGAAGGUACCUGCAUAAACAACACAUCAGUAAUGAUGUUUAAGAAGGGAAGCUUUGAGGUAGGAGGAACCAUCCAUCCGGUAGCAAUCAAGUAUGACCCCCGCUUUGGAGAUGCAUUCUGGGACAGCACAAAGUAUUCCAUGAUGACUUAUAUUUUUAAUUUGCUGACCAGCUGGGCUGUUGUGUGCAAUGUGUGGUACCUGCCACCAAUGGUCAAAGAGGAAGAAGAAGAUGCUGUUCACUUUGCCAACAGAGUCAAGGCUGUCAUUGCUGCUCGAGGAGGAAUGUCUGUGCUUCCUUGGGAUGGGGGACUCAAAAGGAAAAAGGUUAAAGAAUCUUUCAAGGAAGAGCAACAGAAAAAAUACUGCCAGAUAGUAACUGAAAAUGGAGCUGUGGGAAACAGAAAUGUUUGUUAAAUGGUAUUUAUUUUAUCUAAUUUUUCCCCUGAUUGAUCUCCACCAGAAAAUGGGAUUUUUUUUUUAUACUAAAAAACAUAUUUUCCUCUGUUCCUAUGAGAUAUUUUAUUUCCUGCAAGAUAUUUUACGUAUGAUGCAGCAGGGAAACCUUACAUAAAGAGAUAGUAUUUUGUGUUAAAUAAGGAUAUCUUUUUAGGAAUAGGAAGAUUUACAGUAUACUACUGAAAUUCUUUCUGAUGCUGACUGAGAAGAACCUGCAAUAAAAUUACUUGGGUUCAUUAAAACACCAUGUUUUAAAAUCUGAGUUUACUCAGAUUAUCUGAGGACUUAAAGCACCUCUGUACUCCUAGCCUCUAUCAAUGGCUUGGAUGAGCAGUUUUCCUGUGAGCUACAGGCACUGUAUUGCUGCAGAGAUCUAUCUCCUGAUGCCAGAAGAUAUUGAGUGGUUCACCAAAAUACAUUUUGUGAAUUGCAAGCUGGAGGGGAAGUGUCGCAUAUCAGAGACAAGGAGGCAGUUGCUGACUUUCCCCUCCGUGUCACAAGACCAGUGAUAGCAACACAGGAAGUUUCCCAGGGUCACACACUGGUGAAUGGCCGAACAGUGUCCAGGGCAGUGUGUCCCUGAUGGCUGAGGGUGUGACACGGGGAUAAAUUAGUCACAACCAAGGACAAUGUCAUAGAAAUAUAUAGCGUAUUUUGAAGUUAUAUUGUGUCUUCUGAUCUUGCUGUAUCCCUUUCUAUGUCUAUGUGCAUUACAACAAUUAAA